AUGUCGUCUGCUGGAAUCCGUUGUAUAUAUAACUUGGCAAGGCGGCGUGCUGCUGCAAUGUCGGCCCCACACUAUCCCCAAUCUUUACCCCAGUCUGUUGAGUUGACACCAGUAGACGCAAACCAAAGUGAUACUAACUUGAAAUAUCUGCUAGAGCAGGUGCUACAAAAACUGCGUGACGAACCAAACCGAUGGUUCCCAAGUACCCUUGAGAAUGAACUUGUUGAGAUGCUUGAUAAGAGUGUCACGGUAGAAAGGGCGUAUGCCCAAUCUGUUUACGCGUUUCUUGUAAAACAGCGACUACGCAUGACAAGUGAAGAGAAUAGUAAAGUAAUAGAUGUACCCUCCUAUUGCUGUUAUAGUUCAUCUUCUUAUUCUUCUUCGUCUACCUCUACAUUAGUCAAUGAGGUUGUGCCACGUUCAGAUGGUGGGUAUGAUUUGUGUUGUCCAGUGAGUAGCAGCCAUCUUAUGCGGCGUCUAGUUGUGCCUACUGUGAUGCGUGCUGCGCUGCAUCAAUUGAUGCGGGAUGUUCUGUACUGCUUGGAACGAGCGGGUAUAUCGUGUUGGGCAAUAAGUGGGACUCUACUAGGGGCUGUGCGGCAUAAUAGUAUCAUCCCAUGGGAUGAUGAUGUUGAUUUCGCUAUUGCCGCUUCUGAUGAAGGUAAACUUCGUGAAGCCUUUGGCUAUCCGCAUACAAACAGUAAAAACUCCGAUCUUGUUCUGGAGUACGUCCCUUUGUUCGGGUAUAAAGUUUAUAGUUCUGCCCUCCCUCCACCGAGUUGGGAUGCUGGAAAUAACUCCUGUAUGCAUUUUGGAUACUUUCUAGACAUUUUUCUCAUGGAAGAGCAGCAGGAGCGUCUUGUGUUUGCUCGUGAUGAAGCCCGUAGAACGUGGCCAAACGAAUGGUGGUAUCGUGAGGAGUUGUUUCCACUUAAUUCUGUUCGUUUUUCCUAUACUUCCCCGAGUGAAGACUCUGAGCUGAUGCUUCCUGUAGCACACUCUCCUCACUCGCACUUGCGGCGCUUGUAUGGUGAAACGUGUAUGGAGGAAGCUGUUAUUCCAUGUGAACUACAUGGUCGUCUGCUUAGUCAUCCAUUGCACAUACCAAUGAGUCUUUUUGAUGGACUGUGA